AUGAAGGAGACUCUCGCGCGAUUCUUCUUUCUUAAAAAAUCUCUCCUUCUCCGUUUGCUUUUUCUCACUCCAUUCUCCUUCAACAUCGACACAGAAAAAGGUCCGCGCUUUCAAAGUGACAUUCAACGCAACGCGUCUCCUUUUCUCCUCUUCAAAACGACGACGUAUACACGACGUAUACACGACGACUUAACGAUGUCCACGCGACAGCGCGCGUUAUCCGCUCAACCGAAGACACCACACACUUUUGAAGACGACGAAGAAAAAGAGGAGGACGACGACAAUAUGAAUACGAACGCGACUAAUAAUUGGUUACAUCUCAUCGACAACCGGAAAGACAGAGAGAAAAUCAUCCGUUUACAAAACGCGGACGACCCGUCGUUGCGAGCGAUGUUCGAAGCGAUACGCGUGACGAUGAAAAAGAAGGACGAAAACAUGGAACGCGCGGCUAUGAUUGGGUUCGAGAGAGGCGUGAGUUUUGGAGUCGCGGAAGGAGGUGGUGGGAAGACGAAGACGAUUAAGAAGAAGAAGAAGAAGGAAAACGAUUCAGACGAGGACGAAGAGUUUGCAAUUUCAGAGGAGGACGGUUCUUCCGAUUUUAAAGAAGAAGAAGAAGAUUCCUCCUCGGACGAAAACGAAGACGAAAACGAAAACAGAAAUAAGAUCGAGCGAAGGUCGAAAGCUUCGAGCAGCGCGCCGGGUACGCUGCUCGUGAGCGAUGAUGAUGAUGAUGAAGAGGAUGACGGCGCCGAGGAAGUUAGGAGAGGUAGAUAUAAGAGUAACGCCGACGGCAAAUUCGCGCGAAUCGAGAAGAAGAGUAAAUCGAACGAGGACGAUGAAACGGCUUUGCGAUGGGUGGUGGAGAGAAAUAGUUGGAAUAAAAACGAGGAGACGCACAAAUCUGUUCUGAACGAUUUAGAGGUGGUCGAUUUGAGAAGGAAAUUAGCAAACGCGGAGAUUACUACGAAUAACGCGAUACUGAGCAAAAUGUUAACCGCGUGGCGUUUAGCGUGCUUUACAUCGAGAAGGAACGAGUCUGUGAUGCAACGAAUGCGCGUGGCGUCUGAACACAGGAAGAUGCGCGCGGCGUUUCGUUCGUGGAUGGACGCGUCGCUGGAGUUUAAAAGACGACGCGUGCUCGUCGGCGUCAGAGAUGCCGAUGGCGGCGAUAGAAAGAAGAAAAAGAACGACGAAGAGGAGGAAGAAGAAUUCGCGCCGGAUUAUAGCGAAGAGUGCGAACGAUUGCAGCUCGAAGUAAAAUCGUUGCGCGAAAUGCUUGAACGAGAACGAACAAAACCGCUAUCGGGACCAGGAGCAGAGUUCAAAGAGCAAGCGAACGCGUUCAACGCGCACUUGAAGAAAGUGGUGAGAGAUUUAGAGGGGACGAGGAGUUUGAACGCGCAAUUGACGCGUCGUUUGGAAAUGAAGGAGAAGCAGGUGCAAGGGUACCGAGGCGGAGGCAACGAGUACACCGCCGACGCGAUGAAACCCACGAAUCGUGCAAAUCAACGCACCAUGGGUACACAAACGAUGUUCGAGACGUAUCCUGGAAGUCAAAACAACAACUCGAAAUACCCGAAAGUUGUUUCGUUCAAGAACGAACGCGAGCAAAGCUUUGUGAAAGAUUCCGCGCCGGGCAACAGAUACGAGCACGUCAAAGCUGAAAACGAAAAAUUACGCCAAGAACUCGAAAAACAAACGAAGGUUUUGCACGAAAAGUUCGAAAUGCAACUGAGAGCGGCGGAAGUUGCGGAGCGCAAGUUGAAUGACGAAAGACAGAGACGCGCGCGAGAAAUUGAGUUGAGAGAAAAAGCGUCGAACGAUUUGAAGAGAGAACACGAACGCGAGAUGGCGGAGAUGAUUGAAUCCUACGACGCGUUAUACGGUGGUCGCAAUAACAACAGCAUCAGCAAGAACAAUAAAGCGAACGAUUCGAGCCUUAAUAAGUAUGCGAGCAAACCGAGCCCUCCGAAGAAAAUGUCCUCCACGUCCUCGGUGAUGAAGAAACGAAGAGACGAAAUUGUCUCGAGUCUCCGUUCGCCGCGGGACCCUCGUGUGCGCGAGGAUACCUAUCGUAACAACGAAUACAUGCAGCAGCAGCAGCAACAACAACAACAACAAAACAACAACAGCGACAAGCUUUCCUCUAUUUUGAAUCCCAGGGAGCGCUCGUCGCCGUUAUCUCCUGACAAGGAUGACGCGAUGACGUUUGAGAAGAUGGCUUCGAUUCGCGAGGAUUACAUCAAGCAACCGCACCAUCGAACGACUGGUCGACCACAAAGAGAAAAGACAUCGCCUCCACCAAACAAUUUUGCCAUGCUCAGACCUUCUUCCAUGAAUACGUUAGACUCGUACGGGGAAGAGGAAAGAAGAAGUAAGAAUACGAACGCGGACGAGUACGAGGACGCGGACGAUAUGUUUUUAUCUCCGACGAAGACGUUUUCGGAAUCCGAGAAUCAAUCGUUUCGCGACGCUUCGUCGGCCUUAGGGACGCCGGCAUCCUCGUCGGCGGCGAGAAGUACCGCUAAAGGAUACUUCAAACGCGGUGGACCUAAUGGAAGUAAUAAUACUAAUCCUCCUCCUGCUUCUUCUUCUUCUGUUGCUGCGAAUUCUUCUCCUCCUCAAAGCAAAGUUACGCCGAAAGGUUUCACGCCGAGAGGCGAACAGCUCACUUUGAGCGCGUUCAACGAAUACGCGAAUGCCGGGAAAAAGCAAAGUCGAACAAUGGGAACGAGCAUGCAAGAAGACAAAUUCGACGAUAUCGUUGGAAAUGACUACGAUGAUAAAGACGUCAACAUCAAGAAAUCGUCGAAAGGACGGGAUUUGGUAUCUUCUCUCCCGUCGCGUUUGUUCUCCGCGAGCUCGAACGAGAUGAACAAAUCAGCUUCUGAAGACGACGAGGACGACGACAGAGAAGAAGAAGAAGGAGAAGAAGUUGAAGAAGAAGAAGAAGACGAUUGGGGUCUCGCCAUUCCAAAGAAACCGCACCAUCUCACCACCACCGGCGGCAAAAAGAACAACGCCAUUACCAAAGACGAACUCGAACUCUCUCGAUCCGAUUGGGACGACUUGUUGGGUAAAAAGAACUCUCAUCCAAAGGGCGACGGUACCACCGCCGCUUUCAGAGGUGCCCGCCGAGACUUACGAUUCUCCGAGUCUCAACAAAGCGCACCGCCUGCGAAAACGAAAACCAUGGUCGUCGCAGAACUGGUCGUCCAAGGAUGGUCCAAAAACGAAGCGUUAUUCGCGUUAGAGAAAGUCGGCGAAAACGACGUCAACAAGUGCGCCGAGUGGCUCAUUCGACGCAAUCAUUAA